GAGUGACAGUGUGCUGCGCUCUUAAGUUUCUCAGAUUUGAAUCCGCUCUAUAACCAGGACUAUUCUUGCGAAAACUAUUCCUGCAAUGACGAAGUUACACUUUAAAGAGUCCUUUUGGGGAGGUGACUUCAUCAGUAACGUAGGGUAUGAGAUACUCGUUCAACGUCUAAAUGAAGGUCGACGGACAUGCAAAGACCUGGAAGAGCUUUUAAAAAUGAGGGCAGCAGCAGAGGAGAAAUAUGGAAAAGAAUUAGUCGCAAUUGCCCGCAAGGCCGGUGGGUUAUAUGAGAUCAGCACAUUAAGAACAUCUUUUGAUGAAAUGAAAACACAAAUCUCCAACAUAGGAAACCUGCAUAUUCAGCUGUCUGAUCUCCUGAAGAAUGAGAUGAAGAAGAUGGAGCAGUUCAGAGAGCGACAGAAAGAACAGAGGAAAAAGUUUGAAGCCAACAUGGAGAAGGUUCAAAAAUCAAAAGUGUCUCUCUAUAAGAAAACAAUAGAAUCUAAAAAAGCGUAUGAUCAGCGGUGCAGAGAGGCUGAUGAGGCAGAUCAAGGUGCUGAGAAGAUGAGCAGCAUUUCAACUGCCACUCCAAAACAGAUUGAGAAGAUGCAGAACAAGUCCAAACAGUGCAGAGAAGCAGCCAUAGAAGCUGAGAAACAGUACCAAUCCAACAUCCAGCAGCUGGACCAGAUUCGGCAAGAAUGGGAAUCCACACACAUCGACACAUGUGAGAUGUUUCAGCAGCAGGAAGAAGAUCGUAUUCAUAUUCUAAGGAAUGCUUUGUGGAUACACUGCAACCAUUUGUCACUACACUGUGUGAAAGACGAUGAGUGUUACGAGGAAGUACGAACAACUUUGGAAAAUUGUGACAUCAUUACAGACAACAACUUAUUCAUUAAUACGCAUGCCACUGGCUCAACUCCCCCAGCUCCAAUUGAAUACCAGAAAUACUUUGACAGUGAUGCUGUAGGGGACAGAAAUGUUGGCGCUGGGAUUAUGAGCGGAAUGAUGAAGAAGUUUUCCAACAUGCUGCAGGGGAACAGUUCAUAUGAUUCCAAGUUAAGCAUCAAUGAACCAACUGAGCAAUCGACUGUAGACCCGUCAGAUGGACUAUACGCCUCCGUUUCUGUACAUCGUGGAUCCCAGGAGAACUGUGAGGAGUACACGGUUGCCUACGACUAUGUGGCUCAGGUUGAUGAAGAGCUGUCUGUGUCUGCUGGAGAUGUUGUGGUCGUUGUCGAACAAGGUGUGGAUGGCUGGUGGACGGUGCAGAAGAAUGGUCUUACGGGAUUUGUUCCUGGCUCUUAUCUUACUAAGGAAUGGCAUUAAUGACAGUCACACUGCAUGUGGAACUUUCUGGAUGCCAUCAUGCUUCUUCAUGAAAUAUGCACUGUAUUUUCCUGAUAAAAAAGUUUCUUGAAGAGGAAAAAGUUGUAUGUAUAAGUUACACCAGAGUAUAAGUCAGAGUUUUUUUUCUGAACCAUCAACUCUUUUAUUUGUGAUUUGUACAUUGUUUUCAUGUAUUUUUUAUUACUGGUAUUUAUGUUUUAUUCUUAACAUUUAUUUUUGUCCGUUGAUUCCUGGUAAAGUCCUACAGUACAUCCAGAAAGUAUUGACAGUGCUUCACUUUUUCCACAUUUUGUUAUGUUACAGCCUUAUUACAAAAUGAAUAAAAUUAUUUUUUUUCCUC